AUGAGUGUUAAAGCUUUCAAGCUCGUUUCUGCUGUUGAGCGGGAGAUGUUAAUGGGAGACAAAAAUUACAUCAACAUCGAAUGCAUUGAGUGUUGCGGAAAGAACCUCUAUAUUGGAACCAAUGACUGCUUUAUCUAUCACUUUCUGUUGGAUGAAAAGAUCUCAACAGCUGGAAAAAUAACUUUUGCUGCCACCAAGCAACUGCAUAAAUACCUGGGCUUGAAGAAGCCUGUGAGUGAGUUGAAAGCAGCCUCUGCCCUCACCAGGCUUCUUGUGCUUUGUGACAACACAAUAACACUAGUUAACAUGAUGAACUUGGAACCUGUCCCCACUGGUGCUAGAAUCAAAGGAGCUGUGACAUUCGCAUUAAAUGAAAACCCCGUGAGUGGGGAUCCUUUCUGUGUGGAAGUCUGCAUUAUCUCGGUCAAGCGGCGGACCAUUCAAAUGUUCAUGGUGUUUGAAGACAGAGUCCAGAUAGUGAAGGAAGUGUUUACUCCAGAGCAACCCUGUGCUGUGGCUGUAGAUGGUUAUUACCUAUGUCUUGCACUUACUACACAGUAUAUCAUUUUGAAUUAUAAUACUGGCGUCUCCCAGGAUCUAUUUCCUUAUUGCAGUGAUGAGAAACGGCCAAUUGUGAAAAGGAUAGGCAGACAAGAGUUUCUGUUGGCUGGCCCCGGAGGCCUAGGCAUGUUUGCAACUGUAGACGGCAUUUCACAGCGUGCCCCUGUGCACUGGUCAGAGAACGUGAUUGGAGCAGCUUUGUGCUUUCCUUACGUGGUUGCUCUCGAUGAUGAGUUCAUUACAGUGCACAGCAUGCUGGACCAGCAGCAAAAGCAAACGCUGCCUUUUAAAGAAGGUCACAUUCUACAGGACUUUGAAGGAAAGGUGAUUGUUGCUACUAAUAAGGGUGUGUAUAUCUUGGUGCCACUACCUUUGGAAAAACAGAUUCAGGAUCUUCUAGCUAGCCACAGAGUGGAAGAAGCCCUUGUUCUAGCAAAAGGAGCUCGAAGGAAUAUUCCAAAAGAGAAAUUUCAGGUAAUGUACAAACGAAUCCUGCAGCAAGCAGGUUUUAUACAGUUUGCACAGCUUCAGUUCCUUGAAGCAAAAGAACUCUUCAGAAGCGGCCAGCUUGAUGUCCGGGAGCUGAUCUCUCUCUACCCCUUCCUGUUGCCUACUUCCUCUUCAUUUAUACGGUCUCAUCCCCCUCUGCAUGAGUACGCGGACCUAAACCAGCUGACCCAAGGGGACCAGGAGAAGAUGACAAAAUGCAAACGAUUCCUCAUGAGUUACUUGAAUGAAGUCCGCAGCACUGAGGUUGCAAAUGGCUACAAGGAAGAUAUUGACACAGCUUUACUCAAGCUAUAUGCAGAGGCAAAUCAUGAAAGCCUGCUGGAUCUGCUAGUUUCGGAGAACUUUUGUCUUUUAACAGAUAGUGCUGCCUGGCUGGAAAAACACAAAAAGUAUUUUGCCCUUGGUCUCCUGUAUCACUACAACGGUCAGGAUGCUGCAGCACUUCAGUUAUGGGUGAAAAUAGUUGAUGGAGACAUUCAAGAUUCUACACGUUCAGAUCUCUAUGAAUAUAUAGUAGACUUCCUUACAUUCUGCUCAGACCAAGAUCUAGUGUGGAAAUACUCUGCAUGGGUUUUACAAAAAAAUGAAGAGGUUGGCGUACAGAUUUUCACUAAAAGGCCUUUGGAAGAACAGGAGAAAAACAACAUUAAUCCAGAUGAUAUCAUCAGUUGCCUUAACAAAUAUCCUAAAGCACACAUUAAAUAUCUAGAACAUCUAGUAUUGGAAAGAAAAAUAGAGAAAGAAAAGUACCAUACUCAUCUAGCUGUCUUGUACUUGGAGGCAAUACUUCAGCUAAAAUCUGUGACCACAGAUAAUUUUACAGAAACAACUGAACUGCUGUUUAAACUACGCAGUCUUCUUCAGAAAUCUGAUCUUUAUAGAAUUCGCUUUAUUUUGGACAAAAUCCAGGGCACAGACCUUCAUAUGGAAAGUGCAAUUUUAUAUGGAAAACUAGAAGACCAUGAGAAGGCUUUGCAUAUCCUUGUCCACGAGUUAAAGGAUUUCCGUGCUGCUGAAGAAUACUGUAUAUGGAACUCUGAGAACAGAGACAUGCAGUACAGACGGAGGCUUUUUCAUAUGCUGCUGUCAGUGUACCUAAAUCCAGGCACUUCGGAUUGUGCACUAGUCAUGGCUGCUGUGGAUCUCUUGAAUAACCACGCUGCUGAAUUUGAUGCGGCUCUAGUCUUGCAGCUGGUGCCUGACAGCUGGUCAGUGCAGCUCCUCUCCCCAUUCCUGGCUGGAGCAGUGAGGCAAAGCAUUCAUACAAAAAGAAUGACUCAGAUUGCACUUGGGUUAGCACAAGCUGAAAACUUAAUCUACAAACAUGAGAAGGUUAAACAAAAAGGAACCCCAAUUCUUCUUUCGGACAAAAAGGUCUGUCAGGUGUGCCAAAAUCCCUUCUGCGAGCCUGUAUUUGUAAGAUACCCAAAUGGGGGUAUGGUCCACACACACUGUGCUGCAAACAGACACCUGAAUUCAAACGGGACUCAUCACUCUUCCAGCUCCAGCAAUCAGACUUGAAAUACGUUCCCGUCCCACGGGUUCUCAUGACUUAUACCCCAUUGAAAGUGGGCUGGAAAAAAGAACAAAGUGCAGCUACUUUAGGUAUAAAUCAAGAUGAACAGCUAUUCUUUGGGCUAAUGGAAAGACUUCCAGUAAAUAUGAAAUAUCGCCACUUAUCUUUUUGAUUUCUAAUGAAUGUAGAUAGCAAAGAAAAUUCACUACCAGAAAUGGAGAGGUGCAAAUAUAGGCUCUUCUGUAUAUAGUAAUAAACAGUUAAAGAAAAUGAGCCUUUCCUUCACAGUAAGGAUGAAUGUUAUGGAGACAAAGCAAAUAGUUAUUUUAAGAAAUGUCACUUUGCACUGAAUGUGGUGUUGAUAAAUUUGUAGAGGUGGAGAUGGCAUCUAUUGGAGUUGGAAUUCUUGGAACAUUAUGUGACAAGACUGGCAUCAUGCAGCUUACUAUCAAGACAAAAAUGUGCGUUGGUUAUAAUGUUUGCUGCAGCAUGUCCUCUUUUGGGCUGGAUUCUCUUCCCCAGGAUCACAUUGUGAACUUGAUUUUUUUGCUCUACAAACUGUUGGCUUUUGAUGCACUUUUUAGUACUUCCCCCCCCCUCCCCCCCGCUAUAUAGAAUUUAAAGGUAAGCACUGGUCCAUUAGGUUUCUACUCCUACAGUUACUGUAAUAAACUGAGUGGAAACGGAUAGCCUCAGUCACACAGCUGUGCUUGGAAGAAAAAAAAAAAAGCAAAGUCAGAUAGUCUGGUCAGACUGUAGUCACUUUUAUAUGGGGGACGAGACCUUAACUUUAAUAUUGAUUUAUUUAUUAAUAUGCAAAUAUACUGUACAUACAGCUGAAUAAAUUGAUCUUCUAUCAUUCUAGAGUUUCUUUGGAGGAUAAAGAUGUAGCUGAUACAUAAGUGUACAGGUUAUGGGCUAAAUGUUUGCUAUGACAUAACUUAGGCAGAUAGGAACUCCACAAGAACAGGUUUUAGUACUUGCGGAUGACUGUGCAAUCAAAAUCACGGAAAGAAGGUAUAAUUGGGAAGAAAACUACAAAGGUGCACUACAGGCGUACUGGAUUUGUUAUAUUCUACAAAACAUUCUGUAAACUAAGGUUUUUCAAAUAACAGUGAAAACCCUUUGCUUAACUGCCCUGAUAAGUAUUCACAUUGCUAUUUAACCAUUUUAAAGCAAUCAGUUUAAAAGAAGCAGGUUCCCACAAGAGAUGUUAAAAAAUGAUGACAUUAAAUAAAAGUAUUUCAAAGUCAAAGCAUUUCUUUUAAUUCUGUAAAGCUCUAAUAAAUACCAAGCUUACUGACCAGCAUGCAAUUGAGUUAGUACGGCUGCUCACUGUUUCAGUGUUCCAAAUCAGAGUGGAGACUUUCAGCAAAAUAGGGUAGCUGCGCAGUAUCUUCUAGAUGCAGUCUCGGCAGAGGUCUCCUGUUACCAAAAGGCUGGCUUACGAAACAGCCUCGUAAGCGUAGUGCUGCCUCCAGGAAGGGGCAACCAGACUACAUCCAGGGGAAAAAAAUAGCCA